GAGGCAAUGAGUGGCUGCUAAACCCUGCUGCCAGUGCUGCCCCCUCUCCAUGACCUGAGAUUCCAGCUAUACCCCUUUAAAUCCUACAGAGAGAGGGAGGAGGGAUCCAGGGAAGGAAGCUGGGGAACAGGAAGAGGAGGAGAUAGGAGAGGAAAGGCCUGUGUAUGGAGGACAUGUUGCCGUGGUCGUUUGAACAGUAAAAUCCACAUGAAGGACAGGUACAAAAAACACCCAUCGGGUGAACUGUCUGUUGAGAGUGAAAGACUAUGAUUUUAUCAAUGUGACCUCCGACAUCAGACAAAUACCAAACCGACUAUCGAGCUACUUUGAAAAAUAAAACCUUUACAACUUUCCUGAUUAAUAUGCAUCAUUGAAGACCUCACUCCUUUUACAAGACUCUUUCAUUGAUAUGCCAUUGACUUUUGCCAGGCCUAUAUUAAUUACAAGCGUAUGUUCUAAUGGUUCGUCUACAGCUCUACCAAGCAAAAAAAGACUCUGCAAGUCCACUUAAAUAGGAUUCCCAUCGCUCAACCAAGAAUUGAUCCAUAAGUGCUAAAAAUCCCUUCUUCCAAAAUAUUGUUGCAUCAGAAAAAAAAGAUGGCGUCUACCCCUGACAUUCUGCGCUUCCAACUGCCUGGCCAUGAGGCAGCCACCCUUCGCACCAUGAACCAGCUACGAUCAGAAGAAAGAUUUUGCGACAUCACUGUGCUUUCUGAUGGCUUUAAAUUUAGAGGCCACCGUGUGGUCCUAGCUGCUUGCUCUCCUUUCCUCAGAGACCAGUUUCUACUCAAUCCAGGCUCUGAGCUCCAGGUAUCUCUCAUGCAUGGACCCAGGGUAGUCUCUGAUCUCCUCCUUUCCUGUUACACGGGCCUCCUCGAGUUCUCUGUGAGGGACAUUGUGAACUAUCUGACUGCAGCCAGCUAUUUACAAAUGGAGCAUGUGGUGGAAAAGUGUCGUGAAGCUCUCACGCAAUUUAUUGAGCCAAAAAUUGGUUUAAGAGACUCUAACAGAGGCAUGCCCUCCCGUGCUUCAACAACAACAAUGAGCUCCAUUCGGUCAUCAGACAACCGGCGAUCUCUUACAGCAGAAGCUAAGACGGAAGAGGAAAGCGAGGAAGGCAUGUUGCUAAUGGCAGAGGAAGAAGAGGAAGAGGAGCAAGGAGAAGAAGGAUCAUCUUCGGAUAUUUGUAUUGUGAAAGUGGAGGCCGGUAUGGGAGGAAGUAAAGGGGGACGCUCAUGGGGGAAAAGGGAAGAGGAGCAGAAUGCUGGGACACAACAGGAAGAGGCUUUAGUAAAUUCUACAGUAGAAGGUGGUGAGACUUGUGAUGGGAACAUCCAACAGGGAGGGAUUUUGAAAGCCAUCUACAGUGAUGAAGUGGAGGGUGGUGAAGGUGUGCUAAUUAUCCCAAGCAAUUACCAUGAAGAAGGUGAGGUGUUUGAUAGCUCAGGUGGAUGCCAGAGCAGCAUGGUGGCUGAUGGUGGAUCUAGAAGUGUACUUGGUGGAUUAGGAGGAGCAAUGGGUUCACUGGUCACUGGGGAUGCAAGAUUUGGAAGUAGACGUCCAAUUAGGUGCUGUAAAUGCGAGGAGGUUUUUCAGGGAGUGGAGAAGCUGGUUUUCCACAUGCGGGCGCAGCAUUUUGUUUUCAUGUGUCCACGGUGCGGUAAACAAUUUAACCAUAGCAGUAACCUUAACCGUCACAUGAACGUGCAUCGGGGAGUAAAAUCGCACUCCUGUCCCAUAUGUGGCAAAUGCUUCACUCAGAAAUCCACGCUUCAUGACCAUCUCAACCUACAUAGCGGGGAACGUCCUUACCGUUGCUCUUAUUGCUCGGUGAGGUUUGCGCACAAGCCAGCCAUACGACGUCACCUAAAAGAACAGCACGGAAAGACCACCGCUCAGAAUGUCUUGGAGGCCGGGGUGGCCGAAGUUAACAUUCUAGUUGGGUGAUGGUUAAGUAAAACUUUAAUGAAAGUUGAUGGAAAUUCUGAUUGGAAGACGGACAUUUCUAAAAUGCAAGAUUGAGCUUUACAGAACAUAUGUUGAUCAAUGUUCAGCUAACAUGUCAUGACUCUAAUUUAACCUCUUCCAGCUGCCCAGUGCCCUUAUUAGAGUGACCUCUUUGCUGUCACGGUUUUCUCCUUUUAUGAGCUAGUGUUGGACUCUAUAGACUUUAGGACUAAAUUUUGAAAGACCCCAUGAAUGCGUCUACUUCCCUUUUCCACCAGAAGUAUAAUGUUACUCUCACGCUCCAUGCAGUCUUUUUAGUCGUUCUAUAAUAAUACUUAAUUUUUAUGAAAUAAAAUAUUUGUUUUACGAA